AUGGCUGCACUUCCGAACGGGAUACUGGUGGAAGCCGAAGCAUUCGAUUCGUUCGGCGGAUGGGUGCUGGACUCGCAGUUCGAGCUGGAGAUGGGCUCACCCUACCUGCUGGCGCAUGGCAACGGCAAACCAGUCGCCGACGCCACUACAACCAUUACCGUUUCUGGAGCGACCGAAUACAGCGUCUGGGUGCGCGCCAAAGACUGGGUGUCCAGCCACCAUCCGGGUCGGUUCCAACUCCUCAUCAACGGGGUCGCACUUGACACUGAAUUCGGAGCCAAUGACCAAGACUGGAGCUGGCAAUUUGGAGGGCGAGUGCAACUACAGGGUGAGACGAAGCUUACGCUGCACGACUUGACGGGGUUUGCUGGACGGUGCGAUGCGGUUUUCUUCGGUCGCGACGACACGACUCCUCCACCCGGCGGCGUGGACGAGGAAUCGCGAGCGUGGCGGCGGCGUCUGCGCGGCCUACCUGAUGUCCCGGUCGAUGGCGGGUGUUUCGACGUUGUGGUUGUCGGUGGAGGCAUUGCUGGAUGUGCGGCUGCGCUGACGGCGGCGCGACUGGGCGAGCGCGUGGCCCUGGUCCAGGACCGCCCUUGCCUGGGCGGCAACGCGAGCGUUGAGACCGGACUCAGUCCGCGUGGCGUUACCGGGCCCCUUAUCAAAGAGCUCUCACAGAGGCUGGACAACGGCCAUAUCUGUGCGCAACAGCUGCUUGAAGCCGAACGCACAGCAAUCCUCUUCCUCGAGCACACCGUCUUCCACACCGUCACUCGGGAUUCCACCAUCCUGGCAAUUGACGCACGCCAUGGUCGCAACGGCCGCGAGAUCCGUCUGUCUGCACCCGCCUUCAUCGACUGCUCUGGCAGAGCCUGGCUCGGCAUGCUCUCAGGCGCUCAGACACUGUACGGCCAAGAAUCCCAGGCCGAGUUCGGCGAGAGCCUUGCUCCGGUGCACCACGACAACAUGCACCACGGCAACACUGUCUUCUUCCGCACCCGCAUGGCCGACAGGGCCGUCUCGUUCCCCGCCGUGCCGUGGGCCACCGAGGUCGCCAAGGACUAUGCCGACCUAAAUGGACAACUCGAGGAGCCCGGCAUCGAAAACGGAUUCGGCCCUGCCGUGGCCCCUCCUCCAGGUACCCAACCCUCCGUUUCCAAGGCUAUGAAAGGACCUCUCACUCACUUUUGGGAGUACGGCCAGUUCCUUGAUCCCUACACCCAGGGUGAGGCCAUCCGCGACCACUUGCUGCGCGCCAUUUACGGCACCUUCGCCAACGUCAAGAACAUGGCUCCGGACACCUACCCCAACCUCGAGUUCGACUGGGUGGCGCAUGUGCCUGCUCAGGGCGAGUUCCGCCGCUACGAAGGCGAUCAUGUCCUGACCGAGAAUGACAUUCGCAACCACACGCACUUCGAUGAUGCCGUGGUGCAGAACGGCGGGCCAUUAUGCCUACACUACCCAGGCCAUGCAAAGUACGAUUUCCGACUGCGACACUGGGAAUGGGAUUUGCGCGACAUGAAGCCGUACGACGUCCCGUUCCGCUGCCUCUACUCCAAGAACAUCUCCAACCUAAUGAUGGGGGGCAAGCACAUAAGCGCUACUCACGUUGCGAGCUCCAAUACUAAGUUUAUGGGCAAUGGCGGUCAGCAUGGCAUUGCGACGGCGGCUGCAGCCAGCUUGUGCAACCGGUACCUUUGCGCCCCCCGGGACCUUACUGCGAAGCAUCUCCCCGAAUUGAAGGUCUUGAUCGCCCUAUUUACUGGGGGGAAGCGGUACCGGGUCGACAAGGAGGAACCUCUGCAACACAAACCGCAAUCUAAACUUUAGAUAGAGUAGACUAUAUAGAGC